AUGUGCAUGUUCCUGAAGAACCCCAAUCAUCACAGCUGCAGAAGGGUCAGAGCAGAUGCCCAGACGUCCCACUCCACACACUUCCUCCAGCUCAUCAGGAGGAAUCCUGAGGCGUUGCCAGGCCAGCUGAGAGACACAGUCCCUCCAACAUGUCCUGGGUCUUUCCUGGUCUCCACCAAGAAUAUAACCCUUCUCAUCCUCAAAACCUGA